UCAGAGCAACAGUGUUAGCAUGUGUUCCUGCGGGUUAUUUUUCUAAAUACCAGCUAUGCUCACUUAUUAAGAUUGAAUUCGAACAGGUUAGCUAGAACAGCUGUGAAAGCUGGUAUCAAAAACCUAACAGGGACAGUGUUUGGGAAAGAUAAAGAAAAGUUGUUUUCAGGAAAGUGCAAACAUGCCUCGUCAAUUUCCGAAGGUGAUUCUAAGUGAGGUGGAGGAGAAGACACAGCUUCUAACAGAGGAAGUGUUUGCUUCAGCACUAAAAGAAGAAGACAGCAAAGAUGCUUUGUCAAUGUUCUCAGUGCCUGAAGACUGCCCAAUUGGCCUUCAGCAGGCCAAAGAUCAUGAACUCCUUAAGGAGCUGGCAGAGCAGCACUCAGAGGAGAGUACAAAGAGGAAAAAAAGCUUGAAGAUGAUUCGUUCCCAGUCACUGUCCCUUCAGAUGCCACUGAAUACCGAUUGCUCAUUGUCAGGGACAGUUACGCCACUUUUAUCCCCGACUUCCACCUGUUCAUCAGUGGCAGAAACCUGUCCUGAUUUCCAGAGGGUUACUAUUAGUGGUGAUUACUGUGCAGGAAUCACAGUGGAAGACUAUGAACAGGCAGCCAAAAGUCUGUUUAAAGCUCUGCUACUACGAGAGAAAUACUCAAAGCUAGCUUAUCACAGAUUCUGUAGAACCACAAGCCAGUUCCUCCGCAGUGCUGAGAACAUGAAAUGGAGUGAAGAGGAUGAGGUUUUACCAGACAUGUACCCAUGUCCAGCAGAUGAUGAGGAUCCUUACAGCAUGGACAACAUCCCUGAAGAUUUGAACUAUGAGCUGAAGAUGAAGGAUGGAAUUGUGCAUGUGUAUGACAAUGCAGAGGCACUCAAACAAAACCAGCCUCAUGACCUUCCUUACCCAGACUUGGAGACCUUUGCCAUAGAUCUUGGUCACGUGCUGGCAAUGAUUGCAGAUGGACCCACGAAGACCUAUUGCCACAGAAGACUCAACUUUUUGAGCUCAAAGUUCUACCUCCAUGAGAUGCUCAAUGAGAUGGCUGAGCUUAAGGAACUGAAAAGUGUACCUCACAGAGAUUUCUACAAUGUUAGGAAGGUUGACACACAUAUUCACGCAGCUGCUUGCAUGUCUCAGAAGCACCUACUGACAUUCAUCCAGGAAACAUACAAGACCGAUGCAGACCACAUUGUUUUAGAAAAGGGCGUACAAAAAUUGACCCUCCAGCAGGUUUUCCACAGCCUCAACAUGGACCCAUAUGAUCUCACUGUGGACUCUCUGGAUGUACAUGCUGGAAGACAAACCUUUCAUCGGUUUGACAAGUUCAAUUCAAAGUAUAACCCGGUGGGUGCCAGUGAGCUUCGAGAAAUCUUCCUCAAAACAGACAACUAUAUUAAUGGAGAGUAUUUUGCUCGGAUCAUAAAGGAGGUUGCACAUGACCUGGAGGAGAGUAAGUAUCAGCAUGCAGAGCCACGGCUCUCCAUCUACGGACGCUCUCCUGAGGAGUGGGAAAGUCUGUCAAAGUGGUUCAUUCACCACAAAGUGCACUCACCAAACAUGAGGUGGAUCAUUCAAAUCCCCAGAAUAUAUGAUAUAUUCAAGUCAAAAAAACUGGUACCUAAUUUUGCCAAGAUGUUGGAGAACAUAUUCCUUCCUCUGUUCAACGCCACUGUCAACCCGGAACAGCACAAAGAACUCCAUGUUUUCCUUAAAUAUGUGUCAGGCUUUGACAGCGUGGAUGAUGAGUCCAAGCACAGCCGUCACAUGUUCUCCUUCAGGAGCCCAAAACCUGAACAGUGGACCUUAGAUGAGAACCCUCCCUACAGCUAUUACAUUUUCCACAUGUAUGCAAACAUCAUGGUUCUCAACAACCUCAGAAAAGAGCGUGGGCUGAGCACCUUCCAGUUUCGCCCCCACUGUGGAGAAGCAGGAUCAAUCACUCAUCUGGUCUCUGCCUUUCUCACAGCUGACAACAUCUCACAUGGACUCAACUUGAAGAAGAGCCCUGUGCUGCAGUACCUGUACUACCUGGCCCAGGUGCCAAUCGCAAUGUCUCCUCUUAGCAACAACAGCCUUUUCCUCGAAUACUCCAAGAAUCCUCUCAAAGAGUUCUUGCACAAAGGUCUGUGUGUGUCCCUAUCCACAGAUGAUCCCAUGCAGUUCCACUACACCAAGGAGCCCCUGAUGGAGGAGUACGCUAUAGCAGCUCAGCUGUGGAAGUUGAGCACUUGUGAUGUGUGUGAAAUUGCCAGAAACAGUGUGCUGCAAAGUGGGUUGUCUCACCAGGAAAAGAAGCACUUCUUAGGAGCGAACUACCUGAGAGACGGACAUGAGGGGAAUGACAUUUCUCGGACCAACGUUGCCCAAAUCCGCAUGGCCUAUAGACGCGAAACACUGUGUAACGAACUUAGCUUCAUAGUUGAUGCAGCAAAGUCUGUAGCUAUAAAUUCUCAUUAGGAAUAAAGGAUAACCCAUAGUAGAUAGAAUCACACCAUGCCACAGAUUUUAUUUAUUUCUAAAAGUGUCAGCAGGUGGCUGUAAUGUUUCAAACAUACCACAUAUUGUUUAUUAAAGACAAGUGCAAAUUAUUAACAGUUGAAGAUGGUGAAGAUGCAUGCCUUAAAUGUUUGAUGGCACUUAAGUUUUCAGAGGGUGAAACUAAACAUGUAGAGCUCCAGACUUGUGGAAAGCAGGUUCACACUUGUCAAUGUCAUUAAACAAACCCCAUAUCUGUAAACACUUGUACCUUUUACUGUACUUUGUGACAGUUUGUUUUACUGAAAUUCUCAGAAUAUUUG